AUAUAUUACCUAUACUGAGAGGAGGAGGACACAGGGUUCUAGACCACACAGCAGAUCCCUGACAACACGCUCAAAGCAGCAGUGAGGGUUGUGAGAGUGUCUCGGAGACGGACUCAGUCUUCAGGAUGGCGGCAGACAGUAACAAGGAUUCACUGCACUACCGCCGCUCGCUGGUCAUCGAGCCUAAAACGACCACGCAGUUCAACCAGUUCCUGCCCACCAAGGACAAGCCGGCGGCCUAUGUGCCAGCGCCGCUCCGCAAGAAGCGGGCCGAGCGCCACGAGGACAGCCGCCGGAGCUGGGCCAGCCCCAUGUACACGGAGGAAGAUGGCACCUUCACCAGACUGCUCCAAAAGCGCGCUGUUGCUAACGACGGGAGCAAAUCAAUGACAGACCUUGCAGUGGAGCAGGCAGCACUGAAGCAGGUAUGCCACGAGGAACUACAGAAGAUCAGAGAGCAGGUCAAGGAGAACGAGGACCAGUGGCAGGAUGACCUCACCAAGUGGAAGAACCGUCGCAAGAGCGUCAACUCUGAUAUUGUGAAGAAGAAAGAGGAGAGGGAGCAGAUUGAGCAGACCACAGAGAGCAGCGGAGGAGGGAGCGGUGGUUCCCUGAGGUCCAUCCGGAGCUCCAUCGGCAGUCGUCUCAACUCCCUCGCCGCCCUGGACCAGGACGUGUUUGAAGACUCCGCUCCGGUCCUCCAAAUCCGUACCCCCCCCAGGAGCUACACCAUCGACUAUCCCUACACCCCGUUGAGCGCCCCAGUCCCCACCCCCUCUGUGCCCCACCCGAGAGAGGAGGACCCCGUCCCCACCACGGCAACCGACAGGGCCUACUCACCCUCCAGGGGUGACAUGAGCAACAGUAGUGACCGUCCCUCCGGUUCAGGUAGCGACAUCACAAACAACACUACCACCAUCGGUCGUACCUCCAACUACAACCGCUACGUUCCGACACCCUCGGAGAGAGCACCGACCCCCUCGGAGAGAGCCCCGACCCCCUCGGAGAGAGCCCCGACCCCCUCGGAGAGAGCCCCAAGCCCGGCCUUGCGGUACACCAGCGCAGCCAAGAUGGAGGAGACCUCCAGCACCACCACCACCCCCAGCAUCCUCCCAAAACUACCCGAGCCCAGGCGCCCGUGGGCAGGCAAGGUGGCUGAAGAAGUGACCACUUCCACUGGUGGUGGUUCUCUGUACAAACUACAGCCACUGUACAACUCGGUGGCAAUGGAGCAAAAGCCUGUGCCUCCCAGUGUGUCUCGGGUUUCUGCCUCUCUCCCCAGGAGCUACAUGAAAUCGGAUAGUGCUCGCCUCACCUCUGUCAUCACACCACGGCCCUUCGGGAGCCAGUCCACCUGCGUCGCAUCGCUGCCACGCGCCUACACCAAAAGUGUGAACGGCGAGAUGGAUGUCACCCAGAAGUCGUCGGCCCCCAGCCGCUAUAGCCAGGUCAUGACCUCCGAGGACGAGGCACGUUCCCACUCCAACUCUGCCAACAGCAGUGGAGGAGAGGAAGAGGAGGAGGAAGAAGAAAAGAGAGAGAGGGUAAGGGGAGUGAACCCCACACUGGUCCCUACCCUGGCCCCCUCUCCUGUCCCUCCUCAGGCCAGGAGUCCUUUCACUGCACUCCAGCCCCCGAAAGUGGCCUCCUCAGCCCCGGUCGGUCCUGUACCUGCAAAGGACACAAACAAGGAGAGCUACGCUGACAUGCGGAUCAGUCUCAACCAGAAGCCCAACAGCAGUCGAGACUUUGGCUUCCAGACUGAGUGGGACUCCACUGGAGCACACGUCACCUCCAUCCAACCAGGCAGCCCAGCGGAGCUGUGCCAACUGCAGGUGGGAGACGAGGUGCUGGCGGUGAGCGGGCACAGGGUGGCAGAGAUGAGCUACGGCGAGUGGAAGAGCAGCACAGAGCAGGCCCUGCAGCAGGGCAGCCUCACCAUGGACAUACGUCGCCACGGCAGGAACAACUGGGACAGAGACCUACCUUCCCUGCCGUGCAAAAGCCAUAAGACCAUCAAUCUGACCAGUAUGAAUCAUCAUCCAACACUUAUAGGUUCCCCCAACACAGCCACGGUUAACUCAACCACCAGCUUGGCUUUCACAUCUCAGGGAUCCAUAGAAACCACCAAGGAAAUCGCCAUCCAACAAAUCGUUGAUGUGGCAUCCAUUGGAGUGAAUGGAGGUUCCCGUGACAAGACGGUGACCGUGAAAAACAAAGAGUCUGUAGAACCCAUAUCUUUGAAAAACUUAAAACGGAGGUCAGAGUUUUUUGAACAAGGAGGAUCAGAUUCUGCGAUAUCAGAUAUGCCCGUUCCCUCCAUCGCUCCCUCUAACCACUGGUCCUGGGACCUGGAGGAGGAGCGCCGGAGGCAGGAGAAGUGGCAGAAAGAGCAGGAGCGACUUCUACAGGAAAAAUACAGCCGUGACCAGGAGAAACUGGAGGAGGAGUGGCGUCGAGCCCAGCAGGAUGCUGUGACUGACGGGGGCAGACACCACCAAGAAGAGCCGAGCAGCAAGAGUAUCAGCCUACCCUGCCCUCUCCGCCAGCCCAUCCUGCCCUGGGAGGACCAGGAGGAAGAGAGGAUGAGGAGGAGGGAAGAGGAGGAGGCACAGCGAAGACAGGAGGAGAAGAGGAGAAUGGAGGACGAGCAGCGAAGGCAGGAGGAGAGGAAGAGGGAGGAGCAAAAGGAGGAGGAGAGGAGACAGAGGAAAGAGGAGGAGCUGAGAUGGCAAAGGAGGAAGGAGGAAGAGAGGGAGGAGGAGAGGAGGCACCAGAAGGCUGCUAAUCAACAACACAUGGAGAAUGCCAGAAUGCAGGAACAGCAGCAAUGGGUGGGGGACUCCUGUGGCUAUGCCAAGGUCCAGCCUGAGAUAUCAAUGGCAGACAGGGCAAAAUCCAAAUCUACUCCAGAGCUAGAUGACGUGGAGAAACCAGAGACUAAAAGCUGGUAUGGCCGCUCGGGGGGCAUGGCCCAGAAGUUACUGGAGGAGGAGUUGAGACGUAAAGCAGACAAAAAGGCCCAGAGUCUCCAGGCUGCGUCCGAGCUGGAGUUGGAGAGGAGAAACAUCCUGAAUGCCAUGCGAUACAGAGAGCCAGAAAGAGUGACUAGCAGCGGUAGGCUGGACGAGGCAUCGUGGAGGAAUGGCCAGCAGAGCCAGUCCCAGGCAGAGCUAGAGAGGCAGCAGAUCCUGCAGGAGAUGAAGAAGAAGACCCAACUGACCACAGACAACAGCUGGAUCCGCCAGGGAAAUACCACCAGCAAGGACCCCACUGCCAGCCUCAUCAGCAGAGGUGAGUCUCUGGACAACCUGGACACUGCGCCCCGCUCUUCUUGGCGCUCAUCGUGGUCAACCUCGUCCAGCGGUGGUGGCAACAGCGGCAGCGGGGUCGGUGGUCGUCCCGGCUCAGCCACCCUGCCCUCCUCCCUCUCCAUGAGCUCCCUUAGAGGGGCCGGGGGGAGCAACCCGUCUUCCUGGUCCCAAUGCUCGCCAUCGCCAUCUCCCUCCCCCACUCCUCCUUCUGGCCUCGAAAUCGAGUCACGCCCAUCCUCGCAGCAACGCAGCAGGUCAGUGAGUGGCAAGAAAGUCUGUACGUUCUGUGACACGGUCCUGGGCAAGGGAGCCGCCAUGAUCAUCGAGUCCCUGGGACUCUGUUAUCAUUUGACCUGUUUCAAGUGCAUUGAUUGCAAGUCCGACCUGGGAGGAUCGGAGGCCGGAGCUGAGGUCAGAAUACGGAGCCGACAGCUCUACUGUAACACCUGCUACACGCGAUUCAAAACUGGACAGCCAACCUCCAUGUGACAUCGCUGUACUACAGCAGAUUCAGGAAGAGACCAUUCUUGACAACAACCCACGAACACUGCAAUCAUGACAACAAGCCGUAACACUUUGCUAGAUGACAAGUUUAGAUGUAUUAAUGUGUAUUAUGAUUCUGCAAAAAGCCCUUAUUCUUCAAUGAACUACUAUCUUAUUAUUUCUUAUUACUGUAUCCAUGAGAGGGUGAGAUUGACAAAAAAAGUUAACAUGUUUAUUUCAAAGUAUUAUUAUUAUUACCAAUUGCUUGUACACAUUUUGAGGGACGUGCAUGCACCUGCAAGUUUGAGAGUUUUACCUGGAAGUAGGUUUGGAAAAUUCUGAAAACUUUCUAAAAGUUCCCAGGUUUUUCAGAAAUCCCAGAUGGAGGGUUUGGGGAAUUUUGCAACGCUAGCUGGAAACAAUACUGGAAAUUGAUGUUGGUGUUGUCCAUAAGGUUAUUGAUCCUGAUUCCUUCAUAUUUCAGAAACGUAAGUGUUUUCGUGCUAGGCCGAGGGAAGCCUGCGUUUUCUUCUCCUUUGGGGUUCCUUUUCAUCUGUGCCUUUUUUGUUUGUGAUGGUGGGAAGAUUAUUUAGAUUAAAUGGAUUCAAAAGAUAUUUAAAACAAUGGCAUGGUUGGUUAGAGAGAGUGAGCAAUUAUUGGGGAGUUGUUGUUCUUUCUCAUUAAUAGAAUGAAUCUUAUACAUUUGAGAUGUUAAGAUAAUUUUUGCCAGAGAAACAAUAUAUAAUAUAUGGGAUUGAGGCAAAUGUUGUUCAAUAACAUUUGUAAAUAAAAAUUGUGAUCCAGA